AUGUAUCGUUUUGAUCACAAUGAAAAAGAAUGGAUUGAACAAUUGAAAUAUUAUCCAAUAGAAAAUCAAGUAGUUGAAAAAAGACGAUGGAAUCAAUCACCAUGGAUGUUUGAAAAUAUUAUACAAGAAAAAAUCAACAAUGACAUAAAAACCGAUUCGAUAGAUUCUAUCAUUCAAUCUAUCAAUCGACUUGAUUUAAAUGUAUAUUUCAUCGAUUUGUUCUUGAAUCAUACAAACUAUUCAACAAUUGUAGAAUUUCGUAAAUGUAACGACAAUGAAAAUCAUCGAUUUUCAAAAUAUGAUAGAUAUUUAUUGUCAAAUUAUAUCACUGAUUUCUUGUUGAUUAUUAUGCCUCAAGUUCACUUAAACAAUGAAUUAUACAUUAUGCGAAAUAAAAAUGAAUUGAACAUUGAACUGGUUGCGUAUCAUAUGAAAAUCCCACCUAAUGAAAUCGCUCAACUAGUUAAUCAUAAAUUGGAAAAUGUAACAGAAUUACAUCCAAAUUUCAAUGAAAUAGAUUUUCUUGCACGAAGUAUCAGUGAGAAUGAUUCAACAGUAGCUGUAAUGUUGAUGUUUGAAAAUCUUGGUUUUGUGCAAAAAUGGCAGAUGUGUCAAUCUGAUUUAGCUUGUUUCAUUUUGACAGUGAAAAAAAGUUAUCGUACACCGACAUAUCAUAAUUGGACACAUGCAUUUACUGUUGGACAUAUGGCUUACAUAGCAUUGACUAUUGAACGACAAUUGAUCAAUCAGUAUUUGGAUGACCUUGAACGAUUGGCAUUGUUUGUUGGCACACUGUGUCACGAUUUGGAUCAUAGAGGAUUUAAUAAUGAUUAUGAAGAGCUAAUUCAUUCACCCCUUGCAGAGAUUUAUGGUUAUCAAGGAUCCAUUCUGGAACAUCAUCACCUUGGUCAAGCUAUGAGAAUUUUAAAUUCAACUGAUUGUAAUAUUUUUAAUCAAAUGACUAAAGUGGAAUAUGAAAGAUUUAAAUCCUUGUUGAAACAAAUUAUUAUAGCUACAGAUUUAUUUCAACAUAUUGCAUUGAAACCGGACUUAAUUCAACUUACAAGUCAAACAUUUAAUCCAAUGAAUGACAAACAUCGACAAUUACUUUUAUCGAUCAUAGUUACAGCAUGUGAUUUAAAUGAUCAGUGCAAACAAUGGAGUAAUACAUGUGAAGUGGCUAAAUUAAUUUAUCAUGAAUUUUUUCAUCAAGGUGAUUUAGAAUUAUCAUGUCAUAAUCGUAAUAUACCAUUAUCAUUGGAUCGGAAUAAAGCAUUUAUCCCGGAAUUACAAAUACAUUUUCUUGAAACCAUUGUUCAACCAUGUUUUAAACUAUUAUCAUUGAUCUUACCGAAAUUUCAAUCAACCCUGAAAACAAUUCAUAAAAACAAACAAAUUUGGCAAAUGUUAUCCAAUAAAUUUAAACAAAAUGAAUUAACUGAUUAUACAAAUGAAUUAUUAUUUGAAAAAUUUUAUCACCAAUUAGUAGAAGAAUAUUCAAUUGCCAAUAAUUUGUAAUUUUUGACAAGAAGGCUACAUUACAGUACAGUACAGUACAGUACAGUACAAUUUAUUGUAAAAAACAACACAAAAUUGUCAUUUACUGUAUAUGUCAUUGUUACAUACACUAUUUAAUUCCUCUCCUGAUUA